AAUGCAAUUCUCUCACCUGACCCAGUCACUCGAGGUUUGCCAGAGUCUUCUUACCUUGAACAGGCCCGGGAACGCUGACUUGUGGACAUUCUAUCUGGACACGUUUGAAGUGGUAAUAUUUCGCAGGACGGGUGCAGUGGUAAGGACGUGAGUGCCAGGUCGGUACCAAACGGGCGGUUGUGCAGUGGGAACACAACGUAUACGAUGCAGCACGCGUUUGAGCACUUGUCCCUUCUCUCUUGAUGGUCCCGGAGUCUGUACAAGAAAAGGUGUGAUUUUCCGGUUUUAAUGAUUUGUCGUUUCCUCCUCGGAGACUCGCAAGAUCGUCGGGAGCAGAUCUUGUGGUGGGAAUACCCACGGAUUUUGUCCAAUCAGUCCUAAUCAGUCGGUUGAUACCAUCUUUGCAGGAGAACACUGCAGUCUCAGGCAUAUGAACCUUUCUGAGCACUGAAGAUUAACGAUGGCGGUUGUCACAACUUCCCAUCAAACCGUGCGAGCAUCCAAAGGCGUAUCCCGCUCCAACUGAAAAAAAGCACCCUCCUGUCGCAGCUCUAGCGAUUCACUAUGUCGGCCAACUCUAUCACCGAGAAAGAUGGUCGGAAUGACAGCUAUUACGUUCAGGCUGCUAGCCCAGAUACUCCUCCAGCACAACCAAUGAUGCAGCCCUAUCAGCGGACGUAUGGUAAUCCUGCACCUCUUGGGAUGUUGGCUUAUGGCACUGUCUUCCUCUGUUCAUCCAUCCUCACUCUCCAUGCCGGCAACGUGACAACACCCAAUCUUGUCCUCGUCUUUGCGACAUUCUACGGAGGUAUAUCACAAACAUUGGUCGGCAUGUGGGAAAUGUUCCUUGGUAACACUUUUAGCGCUACUGUCUUCACUACAUACGGUGGUUUCAACUUUAGCUAUGGUGCUCUGUACCUACCACAAAUGGGUCUUGCGGCAGCAUAUACGGUUGAUGGCGUGGUAGGCGAGGAAUUCAGUCAUGCCAUUGGCAUUUACCUUGGAAUAUGGGCUUUGAUCACUUUCGUUUUCUGCCUCGGGGCUAUCCGAACAACUGCACCUAUUGUAGUGACACUCUUCUUUACAGUGUGUGCCCUUAGCUGUCUGUCGGCAAGUUCCUUCACAGGAAACGCGCACCUGAACACGGCCGGUGGCGCAUUGGGCAUUGUGGCAUCGUUUGGUGCUUACUAUGGAGCGCUCUCGCUCUUCUGGACGCAGCAGACCACUUUCUCGUACAUCCGUCUCCCUCCUCUCAUCCUCGCGCCCUCCAACGUUUAAGAUAUGGGCCCUCUUUGCUGAGGUCCUCCCAUGUACCGAUUCCAUUCUCUCACAUUUCCUACAUCUGGUACUAUAUGUUUCAUUGCGAGAAUACAGACGCAGAUUAGAAAAAAAUGCUGUAAAGAUAGGGCAGAGGCCGACAGAUUCUUUGUUGAGUCUGUUCGAUGUAUGUACUUGGGUGUGCUGCGGGCUCGGGCAUGCCUAUGAUUUUUCGUAAUAAUAGUGAAUGUGCUCUCCCAUCAUUG